CACAAACAAAGCAGCACACAAAAACCGAUUUCGAGCAGCUCAGAAAACGAGAAAAAACUAAGCUAGCUCCGUGUUCAGCAAAAAUGUGGACCGUGAUGAGAGGCGGCGCAAAUAAACUUCCUCACUGGCCACUGACCCACAUUCGCAGAUUCCCGACUUUGAUUGAAUCCCACCCAAGUCCCAAGGAAAAAACGGAGCACAAAGCUGAGGAAGUGGAAACACCGACCACCAUGAAACUACCCUACUUCAUAAGCCCAAAGUGUGUUCAACAUCAGGAUCAACUUGUUGCUGGGCAGAGGAAAGUGUUCAGCUACAACUAUCACCCCUUUUCGAUUUACGAUUUAAAUGAAGCUACUCUUCGCGCCAAGCGAGCAUCAGCUGAGUACUCCAAAAAAAUUGAUCAGUUGCAAAAAAAAGCGUAAGAUUGAAUAUGUAAGCAAGUAGUUGGUAACCACAAUACGGUAUUAAUUAAUAUAAAAGUUAUAAUUACUUCUGGGAUAAAAAUAAUACCAAAAAGCAAUUAAUUUCCAAAAUAUUAAUGUAAAUGGAAGAUAUCUGAAAAGAAUUUCAAAUGAGUAAACUCACCGCAGCCCAGUUAGGCAGACAAGGAAACUCACCACUGCGGUGGAUUUCUGAGCUAAGCACACCAUAGGCUCGAACCAAAACAGUUUGA